CAUGCCAUCGCCUGAUACACUUGCCCUUCUUCGUUGGUUUCAGCCAGCAGCUAGUUAUUGGAGGCAAAUUCCUCCGUCAUGGCAUCAGAGUAUCAUCUUGAAAUUAUGUUCCGAGUUAAUUGUAUAAACAUACGGUGUGAAUGCUGACUUUUGCGAAGAAGUGAUUGCAUCGCAUAUUCUUUCUGUCGGCAUCUUUGAGCUUGUUGAGGCUCAAGGCAGUGCAGUAUGUCGGAGUCACAGGCAAUCGGAUCCCGGCUACGGAAGGCGAUAGAAUGGCUGAGGGACCGAUGGGGAUGGAUCGUGACUGUUGCCUCGUUUGUUCUAUACUUUAUCACCAUUGGUGUCCUUUAUUGCUACGGCUUAAUCUUCAUUAGUUUGCAAGAGGAGUUCAAGAGCAGUGCCACAAUCACAGGUUGGAUUGGGUCUCUAGCCUGGGCCAUCUCCACCCUGACCAGCCCUUUGACAGCUAUCCUCUUGAGAUACUGUCAGACCCGCAGCAUCGCCCUCCUCGGUAUCAUCUUCUGUUCCUCCAGCCUCCUCAUCUCAUCCUAUGUCACCAACGUCUUCUCACUCUUUGCUACGUUCAGUGUCAUGUACGGCAUGGGUAUCAACUUUGCCCAGCACUCUACGCUUUGUCUCAUCCUUACCUACUUCCCAAAACGAAACUCCACAAGAACCAUCUCCUUUGCACUGACUGGAUGCCAAGUCGGACUGCUUGCACUCAAUCCCUUGAUGGCUUUUUUUGUUGCAACCAAAGGAUGGCGUCUUGCUCUCCGCAUCUUCAGUGGGAUUGUGUUUCUCCCUGGUGUGAUAAGCUGCAUCAUCCUGCUCCCGCCCAGGAAGAAAAGCAGCGACUCUGUGAGUCCUCAGACGGGAGAACGUCUUGCCCUCUAUCACGUAUGCGAGAGGGAUCAGGGUAGUGGAGAUCAUAACAAUGAAAAAAGCAGUGAUAUGAACGAUGAUCAGUCAUUGUCAGGGGAUGGUCAAGUUCAGAUUGUACCGCCUAAGGAUCAGGGGGACUCGUUAUCUCAGGUCCAGGGUUCAAAGCCUGUGUGCCGAUUUUGCGUGAAGAGCCGGGAAGAGGACGAGGAUGGCGAGUUGAAAGGGGAAGAGAUAGAAAGGACAGCUGUGGAGAUGAAAAUGUCGAAAAAUCCAGUGACAUAUUUCUUCUCAGUUGCUUUGGCUACGCUUUCCCUAGCAUGGACCUUCUUCAAUGUUAAUCUGGUGAGUUACACAGACAGCGUUGGCAUCCCCGCAAACCAUGGCUCGAUCCUACUCACAAUCUUAGCUGGAGCUGAGAUGGUCGGCAAAGCUCUCCUCUGUAUCUUUGGUGAUCAUGUCCCCAUCGCUAAGGUCUACAUCAUCAUCAUGUGUAACGUCCUCUCGGCUGUCAUCUCCUGUGGUAUGAUCUUCUGUAAGGACUUCACCAGCAUGAUCUCAAUAGCUAUCGGUAUUGGGCUGAUGAGAGCAAUCUUUAAUACAGUACCUCUUGGAGCUGGUAUCGAGAUCUUUGGGACGUCCCGUACAACGGAGGCAUCUACUUUGGCCAUGUUCAGCUAUGGGGCAGGCUACCUUGUAGGAUCGGUCAUCCCAGGUGGUAUCUAUGAUCUGACCGGUUCCUACACACUCUCCCUUGUAUGCAUGGCAACCGUCUUCAUCCUGUCUGCCGUCAUGUUCCUCGUCAUCCCAUGGCGCAAACGAAUUCACGCCUACCUCAUCAAGACGUGUUUCGUCCUCCAAGGCUCUGAGAAGAAGGUGAAACAGGGUGUCUACGAGAAGUGCAGUGAGGGUUGUCGGUACUCUGGCUCUGUCGCAAACAUCAAUAUAGAUUACUUGUAGAUCAUACAGGCACUCUACGCUAACAGAUCCAUUGGUACGUCAUCAAGACAUCCCUUGAAUGCUAGGUUUACAUUAUGCUCCCAGCGGCCACGGCAAUCACGUAAAGCAGGCAUCAAUAAAAAUUAUUUGUAGAUCACACAAUCACCCAGCAUAAGACACCAUGUACCAAUAUAUUCAAGUUUAUGAUGCGAAAUCAAAUCGUCGUCCGAGUUUGGGUCAGGAAUAGAAACAAGCUCCAAGGAAACAAAUUUACUGUAAAAAAAAAAGUGAAAUUAUUGCCAAAUGUUGCAUUGGUCGCAUAUGGUUAUACUAUUAUUUAAUUAUUUGUCUGCUUGAAGAAAAUCAAAUUAAACCAUCAAGGAAAAUAUUACAUGUGGUGAGAAUUUUCUUCAAAGUGACAUUUGCUAGUUGAUUGUACCACAGGUAGUCGCUAUAAAAAAAAAACACAGAAGAAACGUGUUUCAUAAAUUUACCUUUUAUAGCCCGAAACAAGCACACACACAAUCAAAGGUGAUCUCUUUUUUUUCCCAAUAACAAUUGCUACCAUUUUUUCUUGAAAUUGCCCAUUCUAUUCAGAUCUUUCAUAUCUAUUUAUGUUACUUUGAACUAUUUUUCACAUUUCGGUGAAAAGAAUCUUAGUAGUAACUUAUUACCUAUAAAUAUAGCUGAAUAUUAUUGCUUUUAUCUGUUCACGAUAAUUGUGUCCCAGAAGUGCCUAUUUCAUGGGCUUCCUUAUUUUUGUUGUUGUUUAUACUCCAACAAAGUUUGAUCAGAUAGAGUAGUCUCAUUAUAAGAAACAUCUGAAAUCAAUAUUUAAUCAGUGACCUGUUCUGUUCAAGGUUGAUCAGAUUAAUAUGUUGAUGAUUGAAAAUCUAGUUGCAUCUUUUUAUACAAGCAUAUUUUUAUGAUUAAAGUAUACAUUUAUAUAUGAUGUCUUUCUAUUGAAAGGCAAAUUAUAACAUUUGCAAGAUGAAAAAUAUUUAACAAAAUAUUUGCUUUCUUACUACAUUAUUUCCUUGAAACUUUGUAAACUACUUCUACAUGAUAACAUUGGCUCUGAUGUAAUCAACAAUGAAAUCAUCGCAGGAUUUCCUACAAAAAUGGAAACAUUAUAGAAAUCAUCUCCCGUGAGACAAAAGGAAAGUACAACCCUUCUCCUGGCUCUCUUAUGGAUAAGAUGGAUAAGAUGUCAUCUGCAGAUAAAGCAGAAAUAGACAGGAAUGAAAGAUUGUGUUACAAAAGCAACAUUGACACUGCAAGCAAAACAAUUAUCCAUUUUUUCUCACAUUCCGGCACUCUGCCAAAAGAGGUCUUACUUCAAUGACUUACAAGGUAUUUGUAAAGGGAUAUUUAUAGGCUGACUCAGUUUCUGCAUUCCAGAAAAAUAAAACAAAUAACAGGGUUUUUUUGUGAAUUUUCCAUACAUUUUCCCCUUUAGCCAUGCAUGCAUUUUGAUUAUUGAAUUCCAGACAUAAAUCAGGCCGACUGUGAAAAAUGAUACAUUUUGUAUACUUUCUUUGAUAUGUUAAUUAUUGAUGUCACAUUAUUUUUAGUUAAGUGUGAUUUUCUGAUUUAAUCAGAGCAUUCUGAAAAAGACUUCUAUUUUGUAUACUUUCUUUGAUAUGUUAAUUAUUAAUGUCACAUUAUUUUUAGUGUGAUUUUCUGAUUUAAUCAGAGUAUUCUGAAAUAGACUCUUCUAUGAUCAAAACAAGUCAAGUUACUCCUCUCUCGAUGAAAUAAUGGUAUUUGACUAUAAAGUCCUGUCACUCUUCUUUCUUUCUUUGUUAUCAUUUCAUUUACAAAAUCAUCAAUUAUCAUAUUCAUAAAAAUGAUCAAACUUGUAGAGAUAUUUUUGAUAGAUAUUCCUGUAAUAUUUUUAAUGUCUAUUAUAGCCAGUAAAGUGUAGCUGUUUGCAUGGCAUGCAAGUGUUUAUAGUCUCAAUACUUAUGGCUGCAUGUUAAUAGUUUUUUCACACAUUUCACGUAAUAUUUGAAGUUUCUCUAUUUAUUCCGACUCCGAGCAAGGCUCAGGGUCAUGAUGUAUCUUCAAGCUGCUAUGAGAUAGCUGUGUAUGAAUUAGUGUAUAAUGCCUUUCUUGUGCAAGAUUAUAUCUAUGGUACUUAAAAUACAGGUAGUAUUUCCCCUCUUUUUCUAAGAAUUGCCAUUUAUCAACUGAAAUAUGUUGCCUUUUAUAACACUUGCUCUACCUUGCAAACAAUUAGUAUGUACAUUUUUUAGAGUGAAAGGUUGAAUAUUUUUGUUUACAAAUUUCUUGAGGUCACAAAUUCUUGUUACGGAUAAGUUCUUGCUUUCUGAAUUGUUUACUCUUAUUUAUCAGCAAUGUAUUAUCCAUAGUUGAUUUUCUUUCAGUAGUCAUUAUGAAUAUAUUAAAGCAGAGAUUCAAGAUUUAGAAAAAGCAUAUAUUUUGAAUUCAAUAAUAAUUAAAAAAGAACACAUUAUUAGCCAUUAUAGAGCAGUACUCCACUGGUGUUUUGGUAUUAUACAAUUAAUUUUUAGAAUUUUGUUUACCUGGAGCACCUUAUUUUGGUUUUGAAUUUGUGGGUAGAUUGUAGGUUUAUUUAAUAAUUAAUGAUGAUAUAACUUAUUGGGGAUAAAAAUGUAGUUUUAUUGAGAAUCUAAUUGGUUUAGAUUUAUAUCCAGGUUAUUAACAAGGAUAUUUGUGAAUUUCAAUGUGUAAAAGCACUUUUUUUUAGAAUUUUUUUUAAAAAUAUUUCCCAAUUAUAAGGUCUGACAUAAAAAAGUCACUACCUCAUUCAUAAGAAUUUGCUUGAAAGAGAUCUGCUAUUAUCCAACAUGUAGUAUAUUAUGUACUGGUUGUUUAGUAAGAGUUCAUAAUAAAUCGUCUUAUUUUCUUGAA